AUGGCUGCUUCAGCGACAGAUGAGAAUGCCGGGUUGUCCACCGCGGUGAGCAAGUUGAGAUUCAUGAGUCGAGGCGCCGAGCUGACAGCUAAGCAGAAGCUGGAGCAAGAGCAGAGGGCGAUACGGAAGAGGUUAGAGUGGAGCGUGCCGGGGUUCAAAGACUGCAAGUCGGCUGAUGUCGCAAUACGGCAGCCAGGGCAGCCUCUGAAGCAAGUUGUAUUGCAUGGACGCAGGUCCUAUGGUGGUUUCAACCCCUACGUUGAGUCGAUGAUGGGAGAGGUGACCAAACGAUCGUCUAAGUUGAAGCGGAAACGUAUUGAAUGA